UGCAGCCGGCUCGUCCCGCCCCUGCCUCUGAGUGAUAGGACCGUGGACAGCAACAUUGCCAGCCGGACACGAAGUUUGUCGGCCCUUGCCUUGGCUGAGCUGAGUAAGAAAAAGCAACAAAGAAUAUUAUUAUUGGUAUCUGGAAUUGAAUUUUCCAGGAAUGUGAGCACAGCUUCCUCGGUAAAGAUCUUGCCUUUGGAAACAUCUCACCCGUUGGCAGCUCUCCAGAGUUCAGACUUGGCAGCGUCAAGGACACAACGCAAGCAGGCAUUUUGGAGAUCAAAGAUGGGUAGAAAAGAUGCCUCCACUGUAAAACUUCCUGUUGAUCAGUACAGAAAGCAAAUUGGUAAACAGGAUUAUAAAAAAACCAAACCUAUUUUACGAGCAACCAAAUUAAAAGCAGAAGCAAAGAAAACAGCAAUAGGCAUAAAGGAAGUCGGCCUCUUACUUGCAGCUAUAUUGGCCCUCCUACUGGCUUUUUAUGCGUGCUUUUAUCUCAGACUGUCCACAGAUGUUGACCCUGGUCUGGAACCAGAUGAAGAUUAGCUGAGCAGCAAUCAAUGCAUGAAAAGGGAAGUAAUUUUAUAAAAGCACUUCGUGGGACCAAUGCUUUCCUAAGAACUGAAGCAGCAACAUCUUGAAUUCUUUCUGCUGGUAUUUUCAGUUUGCAGAAAUAUCUUUUUAAAUAGUUGCAUAGAGUAUCAAGAAAAGAACCUCACCUAGCAAUGUAGUGUAACGUAUGCUGCCAGAUACUUUUAUAAAUCUUUCUACUUUGACAGGCAACCUAUUCAUGGUGCAUUUAGAUAAAAUGGAAAACAGAUCCUAAAUUCUUCAGCUGUCUUAGCCAAUUUAUGUGUAUAACUCCAUCACUUACAAAUUACUAAAUCUAUUUUUGUUCCAUAUAUGUCAUGAAUAAAAGUAUAUAUCCUCACUUACAGAAACAUCCCCAAAUCACAUACAAAGCCUAAGAACGAACGAAAAGUCAUGGGAAAUUUUUUGUUUUACAAAGAAGCCCUGCUUUCUUUCCAGACGUAUUUUCUAUCAUUAGAGAGACUAUCUGCACAUACAUCUACAGUAAUCUUUUUCCUUCUUUGCCAACUGUUCAGUGCACAUGUGCUCCAUCAGAAAUGGCACCUGGAUGACAGAAGCUCAAAGAGUCACAUAUGUCUAAAAUAGAGCUCCUUUCCUCUUGGGCUGUCUGAACUGGUGUAAAUAGGAAGUUCAGUUGAUCUUGAUUUUAAUUAACUUAUUACUCUAUUAAGAUAAACUUGGAAUUCUAUUUUAAUUAUGUUGUGCUGGCUGCUUGCAGUAUCAGUUUGCCCCUCUUGUUAGGGAGAUAUGUAACAAUCUGUCAUUUAAUUGUGCAAUCUUUUUCACACAACAGUAAUAGCAGAAGUCUUAUCUACUCAGAAUCAUUUUUCUUGGGUUGUCUCUUAAAUCUGAACAAUACAGAGUUGUUUUACAAAAUUACAUUUUGUCUCUUGAGAGUUAAUCAAUUAGAUCUUUUUUGUGAAAAAUAAAUAAUAGAAAAAAUAUAUCUCAUAUUACUUGCAUAUGUAGUUCUCUGUUUAUAUAAUUUUUCAAGAUAUUUUGUAUUUUGGGAGUAUAAUGACCAAUAUAUUCAAUAUUUUUACUGGUAAUGGAAUUUUUUUAUAUUUUUAGAACCCAUGAAUACAUAAAGCUUAGAAAAUGGAAAAAUAUGUCCACAGCAGAGUUGUUAGCUCUACUACCUUAUAUAAAAACAUGUAGAAAAUGAAUAGUUUGAAACAUGCACAAAACGUUUUACGGUACAUACAUUGUAUUUAUGAAGAGUAAAUAAAAUGUUAAGAUUGAUUCCAUACUCGCCAAGAGAAGAAAGCAAUGAUAAAUACCCUAGAUAUUCCUUGAAACUUUUGCGAAUAGUUGAAUAUGACUGUGUAGCAUUAUGUUCUGUAGAAUUUUUUCAAGUAACAUAAUUUAUUUCAUCAGUGUGAAAACAGCCAAAAGUUCCAAUAUCCUCACAGAUCAUUUAUGCCAAACAUCUGAGGGCAAAAUUUAGCCAGUGUUAUUUACUGAAUUCUUCCCCUUGAAAUCACAAACUCAAGAGACAGACCAAGAGUUCUUAUAUACUCGCCACAGUGGACCAAUCCAAGUGGCAUUUUUAGGAAAGGUUGCAGCAUUUAAUGCCAUGUGGUAUGUCUGUUCUUGAAGUGGGUGGCAAGGGAGUAUCCAAGCUGGCAUUUUGGAUGUGAUGGGCCUUUUUCUUUCCUGAGUGACGUGCCACAUGGCAGGAAAUACUGCUUCCCCACUCCUAUCGCAUUUAUGUGAACCAUUUUCAUUUAGUUAUUUCCCCUCCCAUAUGGUGUUAACAACAGUCAGAUCAAAUAAAGAUUAUAUCUAAGUUCAGUGGUAAUUUAAAUGAGAGGAUAUGUAAUAAUUAUUUAUUAGAUAUGUAUCCAAGUGAGAUAUAACAGAAUUUACAGUAUUUGAAAUAGAUGAUUAUACUCUUGGAAAUGUUUGAAAACUCAUUACCCUGAAAAAAACUUUGCUAUUGUGUUCUGCUCUUGAGGUGUGCUUUUGGAGAAAAAAAUGUUGUUUCUGAUAGUAUUAAGUAUUAGUCUAGACAUAGUAUAAUUAUAGGCAAGUUUCAUUACCUAGUUUUAUUGAUACCCUGAGUCUAUGCCUAGUCCCUUUCUAUGACUGAUUGACUUAUGAUGGCUCCAGAGAAUUGUUAAAUCCCAAAGGCUAAACUCUGAUUUUAAUAAACAGCCAGUAAAGUGAGACAAUGUAUAUUUACACAACACUAUUUUCGUGAAAUGCAAAUUUUUCAAACUCACAUUAACUGGGGAGCAGCCGAUCCUCUGUAGAGAAAUCCAAGAUUGAGGUGUGGUUUGAAUCUUUGAAAACAGAGAGGUGAUAUCUGGCCUGCAUUUUCAGGAGGCCGUACUUUUGAAUAGUGGGUGGUGUUUGGCGUAAAUCUAAGACUAGCACCAGACGCAAAUUUUAGGUGUGCGUUUUUCCCCUCCAAUAAGUCACUGCUCAGAGUAAUCCAGAAGACAAAAA